UCAACUCUUUCUCAGCGGAUUCAGGGAGAGGAAGAGGAGGGAGUCCAGGUUCAGUCAGACGGAUUAUGGCUCCCAGGAGGAUGGAAACUAAACCGGUGAUCUUCUGCCUGAAGCUGCUGCUUCUGAUCUACACCUUCAUCUUCUGGGUGACAGGUGUGGUCCUGCUGUCGGUGGGCUUAUGGUGGAAGUUCAUGUUGGGGCCCUACAUGUUGCUGAUCUCCAACGGCCCCUCCAACGCUCCCUACGUGCUGACGGGAACUGGUGCCGCCAUCGUGCUCUUCGGACUGUUCGGCUGCUUUGCCACCUGCAGGGGGCGCCCCUGGAUGCUUAAACUGUAUGCUGUGUUUCUGUCGUUGGUUUUCAUGACCGAACUCAUCGCAGGAAUCUCCGGAUUCGUGUUUCGCCAUGAGAUUAAAGGAACAUUUUUCACUACGUACAGUGAAGCAGUGAUGAAGUAUGAUGGACGUGAUGACAGGAGUCUGGCUGUGGAUGGUGUCCAGCGUAGACUACACUGCUGUGGAGUGUAUAACUUCACCAGCUGGUUUAACAGUGUGUAUUUUCCUGUUGGUGGAGUUCCCGCUAGUUGUUGUGUUAGUUUCUCUGACUGCAGCGGAGCUGAUCUGAAGAACACAACUCUGGCUGCUCGAAAAGUCUACAAAGAGGGUUGUUAUGAACUGGUGGUGUCCUUCAUCGAGGGCAACAUGGGAAUCAUCGCUGGAGUUACGUUUGGCAUCGCCUUCUCUCAGGUGAUCGGGAUGUCUUUGGCCUGCUGUUUGUCUCACUUCAUCAACGCCAACCAGUACGAGAUGGUCUGACAGAUUCAUGUCACCAUGGAAACCUACAGAAACAUGCCCUGCAUCAUUCCUCUUGUAUUAAUUUAAAGUUGUGAUUUAAAGUGGGUUGGUUUGUUGUGAGCUUGAGUACAGCUGACACCUGACGGACUUCUCACUGUUAAAAGUCAUGUUUGAAGCUAAAUGUUUGAAGCUAAAUGGAUCCCAGCCCAGGAUUGUUCAGUGUGGAUUAAAAGAUUUUACUGGUUGACGUGAGAAAUAAAUGUCCUCAGUGGAAGUGAA